CCAAGCCUAGCUGGCAUGAAUGAGACCGAAAUUCAAGAGUGAAAAGCCUCAAAGUGGAUGGAAUACUACUGGGGUCUCCAAGCAACGGCCUUGACGCAACUGCCUCAGAGAGGAGAAGGAAAGAAGUCCAUUGGAAAAAAAGAAAAAGCAAUGCACACCCAUUUUUCAAAAGCAAGGCAGACACAGAGAAUAACCUGGAGACAGGGAAGAGGGUGCAAGGAAGGCAGCAUCACACAGUUGCAAUUCUGCAAAGGAGGCAAGUUGGAAAACAGGUGCAGAGAAAGAAGCAUGGAGUAGCAUCCCCUUAAACCCAUGCAAAGCUUGGUGGUUGCUUACAAGUCUAAAAGGAAUGUCUUGAAGUGAGUGGCACAGAACCAAAUCCCCAGAGUGGGGUUAUUUUCCAGAGUGUAGCAACUUCUGAGCAUCCGACUUCAUCCGGAUGGUGUGUCGCUUUCACCUCUGAAAUCUCCUCUGUCCACCUUUCAGUGGAUGUUUAUGACAUUCCACCAGAAAAGAAGAUGUCUAUACCAAAAAUUCAGGUUGAAGGAAUGCUGGACAGUGCAGAUUAUGAAAGUGGAGCUGGCCCGCCUUCCGAUGAUCACUUGCGGAACUUGAAAGCUCUGACCCAGAAGCUGAGGUUAGAAACAAGGAGACCUUCCUAUUUGGAAUGGAAGGCCCAGCUGGAGGGGUUCACUUGGAAGAGCCACCCCAAACCUCCUGAGGAUGAAGAGGAUGACCAGGAUGAGAAACCCAAGGAGGAACAUGUUCCUUUCAGAGAGGUGCGCCACAUUCAUCACCUCAAUGGGGCAUCUUCCACCCAGAAAGUGGUGUUGGCCCCAGAGAAAAUCAGCAGCUUUGGAAAUAUUGAUGAAGCUUUGAAUUGGCUCAGGAAGGAACUGAUGGAAAUGCGUCUCCAGGAUCAGCAACUAGCUCGGCAGCUGAUGCGCUUGCGCAGUGAUAUCAACAAGCUCAAGAUCGAGCAGACGUGCCACCUUCAUCGGCGCAUGCUCAAUGAUGCCACCUAUGAGAUGGAAGAGCGGGACGAGCUCUCCGACCUUCUCUGUGACUUCCCUCUCACGUCCUCCUUCAGCCUGUCCACCCCACUCAAGCUCAUUGGGGUGACGAAAAUGAAUAUCAACUCCCGCCGGUUCUCGCUUUGUUAGAAAGAAGUGGGAGAAUGGGCACAGGGAAUGGGGGAAUGGGCACAUGAAGUGGGUAUGGUGGGCAAAGUUCUCAAGAUCAAGGGAAGAGACGAGAGUAAGAGAUGGAAGGAUACAUGGGAUCAGAGAGCUAAGAAAGAGAUGAACCAACAGAGAGUGGAACUACCAUGCAACCAGUCUUCUGCUCAUCUAAUAUGACUGCACUGUGGUGGUAGUGAAGAUCAUGUCCCAUUUGUGAAGGGUGGGUGGUAUGAAGAACAGGAUGACAUUGACACCCACCAUAAUCUGACACUUGCAGUCAGAAGAAUCUCUUGUGGUUGGAACUAGGGUGUGAAGAAUGAACCAGGCAACUUCACAAUGGAGGGCUGGACAAGAUAUAGCACCAUGCACACCAUUGGUAGAGCCUUCUGUCCUACUUCGUACUGGACAUUCAUGGGAAGGCAGCAAGCAAAGGAUGAAGAAUCCACAUUGCUACUACAAAGGAGAAGCCAAUGACCAAAAGACAGGAAGAACUAUAUAGGAUGGAAAACCAGGGUGGAGAAAGUAAAGUGCAGCUCUCAGGGCUGGUUUUGUGGCCCUUAGACAAUUUUUUUUGCUCAUAUGGCUCCUACAGGGUAGAGAAGUUCACAGACACUUCUCCUUAUUGAUCUGUUGUAGGCCAAGAAAGGUUCUCUUUUCCAACAGGAAUUGUACCCCCUGGUCAAUUCUUUUUGAGAAAAAUCCUCUCCUGGGCCUAAAAUGAUCCAAAGAAGACCAUAACUGAGUUGGAAUUACUGGGUGAAGAGGGAGCAUUUAAGGACCACAAAAAGUUCUUUUUCAGGUUGUGCAGCCCUCAAAGGUCACAUGAAAAGGCAAAAUGCCCCCCUAACCCCCAACUGUUCCCCAUUCCUGGUGCAGAAUAUUGAAACUUAGACUGCAUCUACAUGCAGAAACAGUGCAGUUUGAUACCACUUUAACUGCCACAGCUCAGUGUCUUGGAAUGUUAGAAUUUGUAGUUUGUUGUGGCACCAAGACAGGCAAUGAUUUUUAAAAAUUCACAAAACUACAAAUCCCAGAAUUCCAUACCAUUGAGCUAUGGAAGUUAAAGUGGUGUCAAACUGUGUUAUUUCUGCAGUGCAGAUGCUGCCUUACCUGGAAUUAUUGUACAGAGUGACAUACCCUUUUCAGAUCAGUUGUUACCAAAGGAUGCAAUUGAGUUUUAGAUCAUCUUCUAUGCCAGGAAUGAGUAAAAUGAAAGUAUGAGCUUUUCAUACUUUCCAACUGUCUUGGUUUGGCAAGGACAGCACUGGUUAAUCCUCUGACAUCCCACUUUUUCAGCUGCUUUUAAAAAGUCCCUGUUUCUAUCUUUUUCUCCCACGCUCCCUCUUUGUCCUCAGCUUACUUCAAUUGCUGCAAACUGAGUUCAAAGUGCAAAAGCAGCAUGCACUCAGUUAACUCAGCAAGAGGGAGAGGAAAGGUAGGCAAAAUCUUGCCCUUCCCAGUUAGCUUAGCUAAAAGUAAACUGGUGCAGCGUCUCCUAGCUUAUCAGUUCUUCCACAUUAAUGACUUUUGCCGUCUUGACUAUACCUGGAGGUUGCUUGGCCCGACUUGUGUCAGGGACCACAGACUCCCACCAUCACCACUAUUGGAUGUGGGACAACUGUACCUCCCUUCCCAGUUACUAAAAAGAAAUUACUACAAAGAUGUCCCAUGGCGUAUUGGGGUGAUAGGGUAUACAGUGGGUACUUGGUAUCUGCUGGGAUUUGGUUCCAGCACCACCACCACAACCCCCCAUGGAUACCAAAAUCCAUGGAUACUUCAGUCCCAUUAAAUACAAUGGCAGAGUAAAAUGGUGCCCCUUUUAUAAAAUGUCAAAAUCAAGGUUUGCUUUUUGGAAUUUAUAUUUGUUUUUGAAUAUUUUCAAGCUGUGGAUGGUUGAAUCCGUGGAUAAAGGAUCUCUGGAUAUGAAGGUCUGACUGUAAUUUGACAAGGUCCUCCUCCCCACGCACCUAUGGUUGGAGAAAGGAAGGCCUUUUUCAAAAACCAGUAACUAGACAUCAAUCGCCUAGGUGAGAGAGUAGGCAGUCAUUGAAAACCCUCCAACAUUUCGGAGAUGAAAAGCAGGACACAUGUGACCAAGCAAAAACAAACUAAGAUGGCAAAGGUUCCUAAUGGGGCAGAAUAGACAAGCUAGGAAUGGCCACAGCAGUUUGCUUUUAUCUCAGCAUACUGGGAAGGUCAAGAUUUCAUCCCUUCCUCCCCUUUCCCCUCUGUUGAAUUAACUGAGCAAAAACUACUUUUGCACUUUGAACUCAAGUGAGCAGAGAGGGGGAG